AUGAAGCAAGUUAAUAGGCUUGAGAUAACCCCUGAUAAAAGAUACUUGGCUGCGGCCGGGAAUCCACACAUUAAGUUGUUUGAUGUCAACGCAAAUAGCCCUCAUCCGGUAAUGAGCUAUGACUCACAUACGGCGAAUGUUAUGGCAGUGGGGUUUCAGUGUGAUGGAAACUGGAUGUACUCAGGGUCUGAAGAUGGAACAGUGAAGAUUUGGGAUUUGAGGGCUCCUGGUUGUCAAAGGGAAUAUGAAAGUCGUGCAGCUGUCAACACUGUGGUGUUGCACCCAAAUCAGACAGAACUGAUAUCUGGAGACCAAAAUGGGAACAUUCGAGUAUGGGAUUUGACAGCAAAUUCGUGCAGUUGUGAAUUGGUACCAGAGGUGGAUGCAGCUGUAAGGUCUCUAACAGUUAUGUGGGAUGGAAGCUUGGUAGUUGCUGCAAAUAAUAACGGAACAUGUUAUGUCUGGCGCUUGUUGCGAGGGAACCAGACAAUGACCAACUUUGAGCCACUUCAUAAGCUACAAGCACAUGAUGGAUACAUUCUCAAAUGUCUUCUCUCACCUGAAUUUUGUGAUCCACACAGAUAUCUGGCCACUGCAUCAUCCGAUCACACUGUAAAGAUAUGGAAUGUUGAUGGUUUUACAUUAGAGAAAACCUUGAUAGGUCAUCAACGCUGGGUGUGGGACUGUGUUUUUUCUGUAGAUGGUGCAUACCUUAUAACAGGUACUUGGUUCAGUUGUCAAGAUGCAAUAAAAUUUCAUUUUUGGAAUGGAGGCCGAGUAAGAUGUGCAAGACCAUUUCAACUUUUCUUGCUUGAUGCAUUUUGUAAUACUUGUAUUUUGUUCAUUCAGCUUCUUCUGAUACGACAGCUAGACUUUGGUCCAUGUCAUCCGGUGAAGACAUCAGGGUGUAUCAAGGGCAUCACAAGGCGACUGUUUGUUGUGCACUCCAUGAUGGAGCAGAACCUUCUUCAUGUUGAAUUUGGACUAGAAGUUUUUGUUCGUUUUUUCCUUGUGAGGUUGGGGUUUGAUCACUUGAUGAAUAGGGAAGGGGCAUCAGGAUGA